AUGACAGACCUAGGGAAGAUGCACUAUUUCCUAAGUAUUGAAGUGAAGCAAAUAGUGAGUGGGAUCUUCAUUAGGCAAAAGAAGUAUGCUCAAGAAGUGCUUGAGAGAUUCCAAAUGGGCAACUGCAAUUCUGUACAAACUUCGAUUGUGCCAGGAACCAAGCUCACCAAAGAUGUUGAUGGGAUAAAGGUUGAUAGCACUCACUUUAAACAUAUUGUGUGGAGCUUAAUGUAUCUAACAACCACACGACCCGACUUAAUGUUUGUGGUGAGCCUCAUUAGCAGAUUUAUGGAGUCACCUACAGAGCUACAUUUCCAAGCAGCAAAAAGAGUUUUGCGUUAUCUAAAGGGGAUUGUCGAUAGCACUCACUUCAAACAGAGUUUUGGACUGCUCUAUAAAAGAAAAUCAGAAGCAAAUUUGGUGGGAUACAGUGAUAGUGACUAUGGUGGUGACUUAGAGGAUCGAAAGAGUACUUUAGGGUAUGUUUUUAUGUUCAGUUCAGUAGCUGUGGCUUGGUUAUAA